AUGAACUUGCAUGCAAACAUUUCCAAAGGUGUCACCUCUUCAAAUCUGAUGCCCUUGGACCCUCACACCUGGACACCCAGCCCAGACAACAUGCUGGGCAAUGUGGUCCAUAACAGUUCCUUUGGGUGUAACAGCAGCUGGGCUGGCACAGAAGCGUCUCUCUUUCCUAAUCUAUCAAUCACCGGAACUUCUAGUGAAAGGACAGAACUGCUGCCGUGGCACAGGUGCAGUGCAGAGAUGGGUCAAGAGGAGUUAGUUUGCAAAAACUGGGCUGCACUUCUUAUUUUGGUUGUGGUCAUUAUAACAGUUACUGGGAACAUCUUAGUAAUCAUGGCUGUCAAUCUGGAACGAAAGCUGCAAAAUGCCACCAAUUAUUUCCUCAUGUCACUGGCAGUGGCAGAUAUGCUUCUGGGAGUUCUGGUCAUGCCAGUCUCCAUGGUGACCAUUAUGUAUGGUUACUUGUGGCCCCUCCCUGCUGUACUAUGUCCCAUGUGGAUCUACCUGGAUGUUCUCUUUUCUACUGCCUCCAUCAUGCACCUGUGUGCUAUCUCCCUGGACCGAUAUGUGGCAAUCCGCAACCCUAUCCGUCACAAUCGCUCAAAUUCCCGUUCCCGUGCAUGGGCCAAGAUCACUGCGGUCUGGACCAUCUCUGCAGGAAUUUCAAUGCCAAUUCCAGUGCUGGGUCUGCGAGAUCACACCAAAGUUUUCAAAGAUGGCAGCUGCCUAUUGACUGACAAUUCCUUUGUGUUGAUUGGCUCAUUUGUGGCCUUCUUUGUGCCAUUGACCAUUAUGGUGGUGACCUACUUCCUGACUAUCAGUGCUCUACAGAGUGAAGCUACACUCUGCUUAGACCAGCUAGUGCCCAGACCCAAAUGGAGUGCUGGAUUCACACUAAACUUCCUUCCCGGCCCUGCAUUCUCUCCUUCACAGAAAAAACUCUUCUUUCGUCACUCAUUGAGCCGCGAGGCAGGGGUUGAGUCAGGGGUUGUAACCUCGCCAUUUGGACGUCAUACCGUACAGUCCAUCAGCAAUGAGCAGAAGGCCUCCAAAGUUCUGGGCAUGGUCUUCUUUCUGUUCGUUGUCAUGUGGUGUCCAUUUUUCAUCACUAAUGUUUUGGCGGUGGUUUGUGAACCAGCAGCAUGUGAUGCUGUUGUAAUGACUGGACUGUUGAAUGUGUUUGUGUGGGUUGGCUACCUUUCAUCCGCCAUCAACCCAUUAGUCUACACGCUCUUCAACAAGACUUACCGCUCUGCCUUUGCCAGAUACAUCCGAUGCCAGUUUCAUGAGGAGAGGAAACCGUUACAGCUCAUUCUGGUCAACACCAUUCCACCACUGGCCUAUCAGUCCACACACCUGCCGCUCCCUGGAUCAAUAGGCAAUGGGGAUUUCUCACUGCCCCUUCCAAAUAAAAACCACCAUCUUCCCAAAAGCUGCAAAAAUGAGAGUGUUAGCUGCUUGUGAAUUCAUUCUACAAACUGGCAAACAUAACCUCAGAUUUGACUUGAAAUUAUUUCUGGGUUCAUGUUUGGCAUCAUCUCUUUGUUACCUCUAAAGAAAGCAGCUCGGAUUGGCAAUGGUGCAGUAGGACCUAAAUAAUCCAUAUCCAGACGGCAUCUACACUAACAAACAAAAAGCAUGACAGUCUCUGAGUUUAUCACAGGCUUCUGAUGCAUCAAAAGACCUUUGUCUGAAUAGAAUCAGUUUUGAUUCAAAUGCAAGUUAAAUCAAUGGGUUGUAACCUAUCUGGGUAUAAAACAAAUAUUGUAUAUAAGUGUUUGAUGUCCAGACUUUUAGUUUUUUAUGUAGAAUUUUAUAUUUCAGAAGGUAGAGUUUAGAUUUAUGGGAGCUCAGUGGUUUUUUGUUUACAAUGUCAGGUUUUUCCAAAACCAGUGUUGAUAAAAUUGAGUAAAACUUGUAAUGUGAAUUUUGUAUUGCAUCAAAUGAAUGGGAUGCUGUAGCCUCAUUCAUAAAACAUGACUUGUGUGUUGCUGGUUUAUCAUCUUAGCAAACAUUUGAAUGAACUGUAUCAGGAGGGAAAAAACUUCUGCUCAAUGUCAAAAACAGUUGAUGUGGUGUCUUUAAAAGAGUAGACACCUCAAAUGAUAAAAUCUGGUUUAUGUUGUUUGGGGACCCACAUAUUAACUUUAAAGGAAUA